UGUCCGGCAUUGUCCCUCGUCUCCGGAGUCACUUUCUGAUCAUGGCUGUCCGUUUGUCUUUGAUUUGGCUUCUUCUGCUGGGCACUUCCAUUGACGUCACGCGCGGCAAACGCUUGGAUCGUAAACUGUCCGACAAUCGUAUUGUGGGUGGCCAGGAGGCAGAGGACGGGGUGGCACCUUAUCAGGUAUCCAUUCAGACCACUUGGAGAACACACAUCUGCAGUGGCGUCAUCCUCGACAAAGAAUGGAUUCUAACAGCAGGUCAUUGUGCCCUGGACUUUAGCAUUGAGGACUUAAGGAUUAUUGUGGGCACGAAUGAUCGCCUGGUUCCUGGUCAGACUCUGUUUCCGGACAAGGCCCUGAUCCAUUGCAUGUACGACGUUCCUUAUGUCUACAACAAUGACAUAGCAUUGAUCCAUGUCAACGAAUCGAUUAUCUUCAACGAUCGAGUUCAGAUCGUUGAGCUGAGCACAGAGAAUCCUCCGGCGGGUUCCAUUGUCACCUUGACGGGAUGGGGUGCUCCGGAAAGUAGUUUUCCCACGGUGCAGUAUUUGCAGACCAUAAACCUGACCAUCAUAGCUCACGAAGAGUGCAGGGAGAGAUGGGAUUACCACAAUGGCAUCGAUGUUGGUCAUAUCUGCACAUUUACGCGAGAGGGCGAGGGAGCCUGCUCUGGGGACUCUGGAGGCCCGCUGAUGUGGGAGGGCAAACUGGUGGGUCUGGUCAACUGGGGAAGAGCCUGCGCUGUGGGCAUGCCGGAUAUGUAUGCCAGCACCGUUUACUAUCAGGAUUGGAUCCGAAGGACUCACACAGGAUGCCAGAAUCGUGUUAACUGAAAGGGAUCAAGGGAGAUGGAGAUUAACCGGAAUUACAAUGAUGUAUAUUGACAUGAGAAUGUGAAAUAUAUUUAUUGAUCAAAACAACGCUGAUAACGCGUAUACCACUUAGUCAUUUGGUCAUUACCUGCUUUUAGGU